UCCGGAGGCCGGUUUGUUCUCGGGCUCCCUCUCUUUUUUUUGGUCGGAGGAAAGAAAACAGCUCUGCGCCCGGAUGCGUAGAGAGCCGUCAAGUGGAAACGGGGACACACCCUGUUUCCCGCCCGCCCCAGCUGGAGCCGCGGCGCGCGGAGCCGGCAGGCGGGGCGGGGAGGCGCAGGGCGGGAGCGCCCACAGCGCGGAGCCGCCGGGCGCUGACGAGGAGCCAGUCCGCGGGAGGAUGCGCCGCUGACGCCUGCAGGAGCCGCGCGCCAGGGCGGGAGGAUGCUCCCGAGGGGCCUUGGGUUGUGGCGCGCACGGCUGCUGCCGAUCCGCGGCACCUGGGGCCCUGCGAGCCCGUGGCCGCUGCCGCCGUGGCCCCAGGUUUUGUAUGUGAAGCUAUGUGGAAAUCUGAAAUACUACAAGUCACACCAUUGUAGUACAGUGGUGCCACCUGAUGAAAUAGCAGUUAAUUAUAGACAUGGCCUUCCCUUGAUAACACUUACCUUGCCAUCUAGAAAAGAACGCUGUCAAUUUGUAGUCAAACCAAUGUUGUCAACAGUUGGUUCGUUCCUUCAGGACCUGCGCAAUGAGGAUAAGGGUAUCAAAACUGCAGCCAUCUUCACAGCAGAUGGCAACAGGAUUUCCGCUUCUACCUUGAUGGAUAUUUUGCUAAUGAAUGAUUUUAAACUUGUCAUUAAUGAAAUAGCAUAUGAUGUACAGUGUCCAAAGAAAGAAAAAACAAGUAAUGAGCACACUGCUGAGAUGGAACACAUGAAAUCCUUGGUUCAUGGAUUAUUUACAGUCUUGCAUUUAGAGGAGUCUCAGAAAAAGAGAGAGCACCAUUUAUUGGAGAAAAUUGACCACCUGAAGGAACAGCUGCAGCCCCUUGAGCAGGUGAAAGCUAGAAUCGAAGCUCAUUCAGAAGCCAAAACCAGUGGACUCCUGUGGGCUGGAUUGGCACUGCUGUCCAUUCAGGGUGGGGCACUGGCCUGGCUCACGUGGUGGGUGUACUCCUGGGAUAUCAUGGAACCAGUUACAUACUUCAUCACAUUUGCAAAUUCUAUGGUCUUUUUUGCAUACUUUGUAGUCACUCGACAGGAUUAUACUUACUCAGCUGUUAAGAGUAGGCAGUUUCUUCAGUUCUUCCACAAGAAAUCGAAGCAACAGCAUUUUGAUGUGGAGCAAUACAACAAGUUAAAAGACGACCUUGCUAAGGCUAAAGAAUCCCUGAAACAGGUGCGCCAUUCUCUCUAACUGCAAAUGCAAGUAGAGGAACUCAAUGAAAAGAAUUAAUCUUACAUUUUUAAAUGUCAUUGGAUUUUCCAUUAUGUAUUAAUUUUGCAACUUAGGAUGGGACCAUGGUUCACUUCAAUUUGAUCGUUCAGUUGUUUUUUUGGUUAAUAAAUUCUUGUAAAACAGA